AUGGAUCGUACUUGGAUGUACGAUAGAGUAUAUUCCAAUAGACACGGAUUGAAAGAAGAGUAUGUUCGCGGGGUUAAAGACUUCGUAAAGAGGGCUUUGAAACAACCUAUUUGUAAAUCUGAGGGAGGGAUAAGGUGUCCGUGUAUAAAUUGCAAGUGUCUCAAGAUAAGAACACCAACUAAUGUUAGACUUCACUUGUAUCGAGAUGGAUUUCAACCAGACUAUUGGAUUUGGACUCAACAUGGAGAAGUAGAGCUCAAUGUUAAUACAAGGAAUGAUUCAAAUAGUAGUGAGCAUGUGCAUCAUGAUGACCAAAUUGAGGCAAUGAAUCAGAUGGUGUAUGAUGCUUUUAGGCCUUAUGGAGUAUUCUCUCACGUGAAUGAUAACAUAGAAGUUGAGGAAUAUACGGAGGAUGAGUUUCCCAACGAAGAUGCCAAACGAUUUUAUGACAAGUUGAUAUCUUUCAACAAGCCCAUUUAUGAGGGAGCGACCCAAUCAAUAUUAUCAAUAUCUACUCAACUUCUUGAAAUUAGGUCUAAUUGGCAUGUACCACAAAAAGGUUUAGAUUUUGUUGCACAAAUGCUUAAAAGUGUAUGUCCAGUUCAAAAAUGCUUGCCCGAUAACUAUUACCAAGCAACACAGUUGGUAUCUAAGUUAGGGCUAAAGGUUGAGAAGAUUGAUUGUUGUAAGAAUGGUUGUAUGUUAUAUUACAAGGAUGAUAGCAAUCUAUCAGAGUGCAAAUUUUGUAAUGCUCCUAGGUUCAUUCCUCGCAAGACUGGCAUGGGAAAGUACAAAGAUAUCCCAGUGAAGAGAAUGUUCUACUUCCCAAUCAUUCCCAGAUUACAAAGAUUGUAUGCAUCAACUGAGUCGGCAAGUGAAAUGAGAUGGCAUCACAUGAACAAAAAUAGUUCCAACAUCCUUCGCCACCCGUCAGAUGGAAAAGCAUGGAAACAUUUUGAUAGUGUAUAUCCUGACUUUUCUAGGGAACCCAGAAAUGUAAGGUUGGGUCUGUGUUCAGAUGGUUUUACUCCUUACAUUCAAGCGUCUGCUUCUCCAUACUCAUGUUGGCCAAUAAUAGUUACUCCGUAUAAUCUCCCCCCUGAAAUGUGCAUGACCAAACCAUACUUAUUUUUGGCAUGCCUCAUACCCGGACCUAAAAACCCUAAAUUAAAGAUAGAUGUCUACUUGCAACCAUUGAUUGAUGAUCUACAUCGAUUGUGGUCCAAUGGAAUAUUGACCUAUGAUAUAUCUACAAAACAAAACUUCAUCAUGAAAGCCUGCUUGAUGUGGACAAUUAAUGAUUUUCCAGCCUAUGGUAUGUUAUCUGGAUGGGGAACACAAGGUAAAUUGGCAUGCCCUCAUUGUAUGGAACACACUGAUGCUUUCACCUUGAAAAGUGGCCAUAAGAAUUCCUGGUUUGACUGUCAUCGUCGUUUCUUGCCAUCUAAUCACUCCUUCAGAAGGAGUAAAAGAAGUUUCCUAAAAAAUAGGGUUGUGACCAAUGAGCCACCUCCCAUUUCCACAGGGAAAGAUAUAUGGGCGGUAAUAAGUAAUUUUCCAAAAGUUACUGAAAUUGGAUGGGAGGCGAAAUGGAAAGAAUUCGAAGGGUAUUGA